AUGACCACCGUCUGCCCAUCACCUAAUUCCCCGCCCGAGUUGUCCGGGUCCAAGUCCUCGAAAUCCUCGUCGUUCCAUUCCUCGCAGAUCGACACCCAAGAAAGCAUCUUCACGGAUAUCGGAAACUUCGAAGACAUCGGCUUGGAGGAUGAGGCCGAACUCCCAACCUCUGAACAGACCACCCCUUAUGGACGUGGUCUGACUUCACGAUCGCCUGCUGCUAGGCUGCCGAGUAAGAGCCCCGCGGCAACGACACGAGACCUGACAGCCACCCCGAGGCCACGAAAGCGAAGCCCGUUACCUCCAAUUCGCAACAAUAUCAAUGCAGGCUCUCGAACACCCCAAUCGGCCAGCCCUUUGUCUACCAGAUCGCCGAACCGACAAGACUCCACACUCAGCUCGGGUGGUCUGACCCCUUCCCAACCACGCCGGUCUCGAUCAACAUCCCCAUUACGAGCAUCGUCAAGCCGUUCUGCCUCCAGCAGCAGUUUGGCUCUAUCCCCGCUCUCCUCCCGUGUCCCUACGCAGAAAGGGAGCUGGCAGCCAAAUCGUAAGUCUGUGAAGGACCUGGAAGAGGAAUACCACGACUCGGACGAUGAGUUACCGGAUGAUGCCAAGCGGCCCCAGUCCCGUGCCGCGAGCCCAAGUGGCCGGAGCCCCGGGCCUAGACCCUUGCCGAUUUACCAUGCGGUCGCCGAGGAUUCAGUAUCGCCCCGGAGAGACACUGCGAAGGAAGCCCGUAUGAGAAGGGUCCAACGGUCGAGUUCGGCGGGUCCUGAACGGGGCCAACUAUCCCCACGUAAUCCCCGCGCAUACUCGUAUAACAGUUAUCUGUCGGAUCUGUCGGAGGAAGCUCGGAUCAUAACAGAGGCUCUGGAACACCAUGCCGAUGAGAAUGAUCGCAAGCGUGAAGAUGCAGUUCAAAAUGGUACUUCGCGGGCGUCGAGCCAGGACUCAAAGCGGUCGUCGAGGGAGAACAUCGAGCUUCCUCCAUUGCAGAAGUCCAAUAUUAUGAUUGAUCCUUUGCCUAUCAGUCGGGAAAAGGAAAAGGUUCUUACUCGGACGCGUCCUAGUUGGCUUCCGCCCAAGGAUCAGAAGGAAGAGAAGAAACACUUGAGAGAAUAUAAACAGAUGAUGGCGCGGUCUCGCGAAGCGGAUAAGAAGAGAGCCGCUCGAGCUGCCUCCGCCCAGUGCGAAAAGGAUACUACGCGAGAGGCCCUUCAAAGUAUCUGGGACGAAUUCGUGAAUCCCAACUGGGAGAAAGCGCUGCGCGAGCCCCGCACUAGAGAGCUGUGGUGGCGUGGAAUCCCCCCUCGCAGUCGUGGGACCAUGUGGAAGCGCGCAAUCGGAAACGAGCUGGCUCUGACUGAAGAAUCCUUUACCAAAGCUUUGCAACGCUCCAAAGACAUCAAGUCCAAGUCGAAGACUGAUGCCGAGCCCAGCGAAAACAAUAAGCGGAUGCUUGAGUGCUUCGAGGCUAUCAGGACAGAUGCAUCGAAGGCAUUCCCCGAACUCAAUCUUUUCCAAGAAGGUGGCCCGCUUCGUGAAACCUUAAUAGAUGUCCUGGAGGCAUACUGCAUGUACCGCAGCGAUGUCGGGUACAUCCACGGCCUUCACACUAUUGCCGCGCUGCUCGUCCUACAAUUUUCAACCCCCGGUUCGGCCUUCGUUGCCAUGGCCAACGCUCUUAACCGCCCGUUACCUGUGGCCUUCCUCACCUGGGAUCGCGGUGCCAUGAAUCGCACUUACACUCUUGCUUCCGAAACCCUACGAUACAAGUUCGCCCGCGUGUCAACCCAUCUCCACGACACCCUCCGCCUGUCUGAGGAAGAGAUAUGGGAGCCAAUUUUCCGCUCACUUCUGACGAACGGUCUCGAUCUAGACCGCCUCGCGCGUGUUUGGGAUUGCUGGGUUUUUGAAGGCGAUCGGAUCAUGAUUCGGGCUGCCGUAGCGAUAAUGGGCUGUUUGCAAGCACAGCUAUUCACCUUCCAGCAGCCAGACGACCAAAGCCGACUCGCAGUUCGAAACAUUCUAGGCUGGGGUCCUCGCCACGUCGGCGCUAAUAACCAGAAGCCAAAGGAGCGCCAUAGCGCCCCCGCUGCCGCUGGUUUCGCCGGCCAGGUCGUUGGCUCCGGAGAGGCUGAUUAUUGGAUCCUGACCGCUGCUGGCAACGAGGACGGAUUCAUGGCUGCCGUACGAGAAGCUGGCAAGGUUCGACAACAAUAG